UGUGGGGCAUCCGCAGCUUGAACGUGGCACCCAGCCCUGUCCCCGCACCCCCAGCAGGUGAGAGAAGAGCUGGAGCAGGUGCAGAGACGGGCAGUGAGGAUGAGGAGCGCUGGAGCGGCUUUCCUAGGAAGACAGACUAAAGAGGCCAGGUUCGACCAGUUCAGAAAAGAGACGCUAGAGGGGGACAGGAGAUGGGUUUACAACACGCUUAAUGUCAAAGAGAAAGUCCCUGGGGAUUGAUCAUUGCCUGUCUCUCCCCGGACAAGGACGAGGGGUCACAGCAUGGACCGAACAGCCGGCAGCUGAACACAAACACCAGGCCGCUCUUUUCCCCCCACGUGGCUUUGAAGUGGGGGCUCGUGGCCACCAGCUGCGGUGGGAGCGGAGAGCUCGGCCAGAUCCACCCAGGGCCUGGACACGGGCUUGGAGGAAAGGGGCACGGGGAGCUCUGGAGCAGGGAGCGAGGGGCACGGCCUCUGCAUCAGACCAGCCUGGACCUUAAGGGCUGCAGGGGAGAGAGGAGCAGGGGGGAAAACCCUGCUCGGACCCCGUCAUCUCCCGUCCAGCUCCGCUCUCUGCCCAGUGACACCAGAGACUGGGCAUGCCGGACUUGGGUCUGACUCAGCCCACGGCAGCCCUUAUGGUAUCAACAGCUGCUCGGAGCCUUUUGGAACAAAACUAUAAAUUCUUAUAUGAAUAUCAACAACGACAAUAAUUACAACAAAACAAAUUGCGUAUGGCAUCCGUUCAUCAGCAAGUGACACUGGAUCUUGCAGCGAUUCUGCUGCCUGGCGGUGCAUUUUCUCUUGUGAAUGAUUUUAGACUCGCAGGUCCUGCCACAGUGGUCACAGGGGUACAUGGCAUUGGGGGCGGGCUACUGUGCUGAUGGGCUGUUUUCCUUGGCCACGUUUCUGGUGUCAAUUGUAGUGAUCGUUUCUCAUCAGGAUGUUGGACUCCAUGAUUGAGAAGGGAGCACCACUUUGCCCUGUCUCCUGCUAGCACCUCCCAAAGGUUUGGGUCGAUUCCAGAAGCCUUCUUGUCAUGCUUGGUGAUGUCUCUGAAGUGCAAUUUUGGGCACCCUACUCUUCUCUCCACACCUGCCAUUUGCCCAUACAGGAUGUCUUUUGGGAUGUGUUCAUCUUCCAUCCUGCAGAGAUGGCCAAGCCAGCGUAGGUGCCACUGUUUUCAGUUGUGCAGUGGUGGUUGGCUUUGGCGAUGACCCCUGUAUUGGUGAUUGUGUCUUGCCACGUGAUGUCAAGCAUGCACUGUAAGUGUAGGCUUUUCACCUGCUUUUCUUGACAUGCAUCUGUUGACCAUGUCUCACUGCGAUGCAUAAGGACACUGAGGGUGCAGGCUUUGUACACAAGCAGCUUAGUUUUGAUUGUGAGUUUUGUGUUGUUCCAGGCUCGUUUGGAGAGCUUCCUGGACGUGGUAGCUGCCUUUCCAACACUGACAUUUAGCUCUUCCUCCAGCAAUAGGUCAUCGCUCCCUGUAGAUCCAAGGUAGCCAGACUUGUUCGCUGUCUCACGAGGUGCGUUGUCAAGGCUGAUAGAUGGUGACCAGCAAACACCACGUCUUCUUGAAGCUGAUGGUCAGGGCAGACAUCCUGCAAGCACGGGAGAGGCGAUACAUGAGUAUUUGUAGUUGGCCUUCUUUAUGGGCAGUGAGAGCAUCCUUGUCAGCACAAAGGAGCUCUCUAUUGAGUAUGUGCUUCACUUUGUCUGGGCCUUUAGACGUUAUAGAUGGUAGAGUUUGCUGUCUGAUCUUACAUGAAGGUGUGUGCCUUCCUCCAAGCCAUCAAACGUGCAGUGCAGCAGCAUAGAAAAGAAGACCCCGAAGGGGGUGGGCACCUGAACCCAGCCCUGUUUCACUUCACUCUUCCUCUGAAACCUCCCAGAGGUUGCUCCUCAACCUGAACUGUGGCCUGUGUGUUUUCAUGGAAGGAGUGUAUCGUGCUGAGUGACGCUGGGGGUCAUGCAGUCUUUACCAGGACCGUGAACAAGCCUGCUCUGCUGGCAGUAUCGGGGGCUUUCAUCAGGUGGACAUGUGCUAUGCACAGUGGUUUAUUUUGUUCUCUGCAUUUUUCUUGCAGUUGGUAUAAAGAGGGUAUCAUGUCCACUGAUGAUCUCCCUGCUCUGAAUCCACUUCUGUACCAUUGCCCUGGCAUGCUUCAGAUUCGCCUUUGCAAGUGGCAAAAAUGGAGCGUCCUCUCCAUUCAGUUUUGGCUGCAAUGGCCCGGGCAGUUGGUACGGAGACGCUUGAGUUGCCCAUAUAUCAAUGUUCCCCUCUCGGCCUCGCUGAUUGAUCCUGAAGGAAAGGCAGAAGCCAGUAAAUUUGGAGCCAGCUUGGCUGCUGUGCAAAGGAAAUCUUCAAUCCAUUUGCCUUUCGGGGGCUGCACUCCCAGACCGGUUGCCAACCAAGGCUGGAGAGCCCAGUCCACCCUGCCAUGGCAUCCGCCUUUCUGCUGGGGUCUGGCUGCAUUUCAGGCAGGCUGUGUUUUUGGCUUCAACAAGUGGUAGCAUCUCUUCCGAGCAUGCCUCAAACCCGUCUUUGUUUGAUAAUCUCUUUUCCGCAAAUAUCUCUGUGGCUGUUUCCUGGAUGAUUGCACUUAUUCCACUCCAAGUUCCUUCCGCAUCUACAGUUGCUGCUUUCAUAGACAGAGCUAGCUCAAAGGUCCUUUGAAAGUCGAGGCACUUGCUUUGGACCUUUGUGCUGCAUGUGUUAAUUCUUGGCUGACUUUUACGCUUGGCUCUACGCAGCUUCUUUGGUGUCGCUUUCACGUUGCUGACAGUCAGAAAGUGGUCUGUGUCACAGUCUGCACCGUGAUACUUGUGGGUGUGUAGCACGCUGGGCAGGUCUUUCCUCCUGGUGGUCACGAGGUCGAAUGGAUGCCAGUGGCCAGAUCGUGGGUGUCUCCGUGAUCCUUUUUGACAUUCUUAGCUUGCAAACUAGGUGUUAGUGAUACAUGGAUGGUUUAAGGUGCAGAGUUACAGAAGACAUUGGCCAUUUUCAUUCAUUUCCCCCAUGCUGUGAUGUCCCAGGCAGGGUGGCCAAGGGUCGUGACCUGCGCCUACUCGAGCACUGAAGUCCCCUACGACGAGAAGCCUCUCGUUUGACCAUAGGUGCUCAAUGACUUGGGACAGGGCAUCGCAGAAGUCAUCUUUAUCACCUGAGCUUGCCUGUAACAUUGGUGCACAGGUGCUAAUGAUGUUACCACAGUCGUCAGUUGACUGUAGUCGGAGUGAGAUGAUGCGAUCUGAUGGUUAAGUGUGGGGUCUCGAUGGCUUUGACCAGCCUGUUGCAGAUUGUGAAUCCGACCCCGCGUAGGCAAGUAUCUUCUGCAGCCCUGCCUUCCCCGAAAGAGGCAUAGCUGGCCUCACGAAUGGAGCCUGAGUUGGCCAGUCUUGUCUCCUGAAAGGCUGCAAUAGCAAUGUUAAGUUUUUGCAGCUCUCAGUCCAUCAGUGAGGUCUUCCAGACACUGUCCCUCAUGAUAAAUUGUCCUCCGUGCCAGGACACAUGGACCUGACAUUCCCGCUUCCCAGCCGGAAAGUUUUAAGGUUUCUUGUUUUGUUGCCUGGUACUUGAUUUGCUGUCUGUUUUUUGACUUUUGGUCUAGCCCCGUGCACCAAACGAGGCAGGCAGACCGCGUGGUGGGUCAGUACUUUACUGGCCUUUCAGUGGCAAUUCCUCCACCAAGGGUAAGGACUAGUACCCCGCUCUAGGUCGCUCCUCCACCCAAACCCAUUGGCAUCAUAGAGGCUGCUUGGCUAUUUCCUGCUGCUCUGCUCAUGGCAUUGACAGCUGCAGGUAGCUCCGUCUGCUGCGAUAACGGUAGCAGACCUGGCCUGGUCUGACCUGACCACAGUAAUGAUUAUGAUAGUAGUAUUACUGCUAUUACGGAUUUCAUCAUCUUAAUGUUAUCAUUACUAUUAAUAAUAUCAAUAUUAUCUAUGAUUAAUAUUGUGUUAUUAAUGUAUAAAUGAUAAAGGUAUAGAUUUAUAAUUGUAAACUAUCAUUCUAUAGAUUUGUAAUCUGUAGGUUUAUAAUUUAUACAUUUAUAAAUUUUAUAAAUCUACAGAUUUAUCACUUAGACAUUUAUUUAUAUUAAUAGUAUUAAUCUUAGUAACAACAGCAACAAUGAUUAGAGUAAUAAUCAUGCUGAUGCUGUUUUCUUGUUAACCUCCAAGGCCUUUCCCGCUCUGCCUGCUAAUAUUGUAGUGAGAGGGCUAGCGUGCGUGUGCAUGUUUGUGUGAAUGUGUGUGUGUGUCUCUUUGUGAAUGUGCACAUAUGCCUGUGUGCAUGUGCCUGUGUAUGUGUGUGCCCAUGCAUACAUAUGUGCCUGUGUGUGUGCCCACCCAUGAGUGCGUGGUGGUGUAGCUCUGUCUGCAUGUGCCCACCUCUGUGUGUGAAGGGGUGUGUGUGUGUGUUGUCUGUCUGUAUGUGUGCCUGCCUGUGUGUGCGCACACAUGCCUUUGUGCCUGUGUGGCGAUGUGUGCCUGUGCAUGCAUGUGUGUUCAUGUACCUGCUUGCUUGUGGAGGUGUGUGUACACUUGCCUCUGUGUGUUUUGUGUGCAUAUGUCUGUGUGUGGAUGUGUGCAUGCACACACACGCUUGCCUGUGUGCAUGCAUAUGCAUGCCUGGUUGUAUGUGUGCACUCAUGUGUGGAUGGGCAGGUCUCUGCAUAUAUGACUGUGUGUGAGUGCAUGCGCAUACGAGUCCAUACACAUCAGAGCACGUCUCCUGGGACCUGCCGAGCCCGACGGUCCGGGGCCUGCUGCCCUGACCCUUGCCGGCCAAGCCCGCCUGCCCCCAGGCCCGUGGUGUGCGCUGACCCGCGGGGGCCGCGGGGCCGGGUUCCGAGCGCCGCGGCUUUAAGCGGGACCCCGGGCGGCUGCGCGGCCGAGCGGACACCGCCAUGGAGCUCACGCCCUCCCCGUCCGUGGGCACCCAGAUGCACACGCUGCAGGACGAGUUCAGCUCCCUGCAGGAGGCCAAGGCCUCGGAGCUGGAGGAGGUGGAGCAGGAGCUGCAGGAGGCGCAGGAGGAGCUGCGGGGGCUGCGGCAGGCGACGGAGGAGGCGGCCGCCCUGCACGCCAACGAGGUGGCCACGCUGCAGGAGCAGCUGUGCCGCCUGCGAGCCGAGCUGCACCGCGCCCACGUGCUGCGCGACGACUACGAGCUGGAGCUGGCCAGCCUGCGGGCCGAGAUCCGCAUGAAGGGAGGGCCCCGCGCCGAUGCCAUGGCCCCCCGGGAGGUGGCUGCGCUCCAAGAGGAGCUGCAGGCACUGCGGGGGCAGUACCGGGACCUGCUGGAGGAGUAUCAGACCCUGCAGGAGAGCAACAAGGUCAUGGUGCACCAGCUCGAGAAACUGGAGGCUCAGGAGUACAGGGCUGAUCCCACCCCGGGCUCCCGCCCCAGGGCCAGGACCAAAUCGGAGGAGUCCACCAAGCUGCUGGAUGUGAACGGGCCCCCGCGGCGGUCCCGCUCUCCCCGGCGCGCCAGCCCCCGCCCGUCCAGCAGCAUCUCCUUCAGGCCCGCAGCAGAGCGGGCGGCCGACGGCUCCAGGUCCCAGAGCCGGGAUGGCAACGAGGCCGAGGUCACCCUGCGCUUCCAGCUGCAGAGCGAGGAGGAGAAGGUGCAUCUGGCCCAGAGCAAGUGCGACGACAUGCAGGGGGAGCUGCGCGAGCUGCAGCGGCUGUACCAAGCCAGUCGGCAGGAGCGGGAGCAGCUGAUGGAGGAGCUGCGCCUGUGCCGCGAAGAGAUCCAGCGCCUCAACGGCACCGUGCCCUGCGGCGGGCGGGUCCCGGCCGGCGGGCUGAAGCCCAUCCUCCUCUUCGCCGUGGCGGCUGCCGCCUUGUUCCUGGUCCCCUGCUUCAAGAAGGCCUGCACCUGCUCCCUGCCCGCCUAGGUGCCCGUGUCCGUGGGCACCCCCACCCUAUCCCUCCCCGCUCCCCCCACCCCCGCAACGACGACAGCCGGAGACCUGUGUUCCAGCCGCCCCCCGGCACGGCCCAGUCACUGCCCCCGGUGAGUCCAGCCAUGCCAGCUCCCCCCCAUGCCAGCCCCCAACCUUGGGCACUGGCCCAAGGACAUCUCCAGUACUUGGCAGGGGCAGGGGGUCACCCCCCUCCCUCUCCCAGGACCCCACCCAGGGCCCCAGUCUUGCCCCCCACCAUCCCCACCCCUCACCCAGCUGGGGGGGGCAACAGAGCAAUACACACGGGUCCACCCCCAGCCCCACCUGGCAUGGCGCUGCCCCGCACGUGGCUCCCUUCCCCGCCGGACCCGCUGCAAUAACUACACUUCCGCCAAAGAGAGCUGCAGCCACAGGGUGGGGGGUUUGGAGACCCUCGAGAUAAGGGUUAGCUUCGGGGAGUCCUGGGGGGGAGGGACCAGCCCCUUCCUGUGCUUGUUUAUUUAUUCGCUCCCUGGGGGUACGGGAGAGCUGCCGGUGGCACCCAUGGGCAUGUGCCCGUGUCACCAAGUGCCACGAGGGCCUAUCCUUCGCCAUCCUCCCGCAACCCCGUGGCCCUCAGCUCUGAGCCGGCCAUGAGAGCACGCGCAGGCGGGCAUCCAAGACCCUGCGCCCAGCCUGCCCUCGCCCGCUGCUCCCCCACCUCCUCCUCCCCGCCCAGGGGUGCCAGCCUGCUCCUUCUCCUGGUUCUCCAUUGUCACUCAGUAAAGGAACUUUCUCAGCA